AUGUCGUAUAAAAAAAACUAUCGUCAGUAUAAUAAGGCCAAUGAACCGCCAGCUGGUGAAUUGGGAUCAACAGAAACAGCAGCUGUUAUUCCAUUGGAUUCAAGAAAACAAGUUACGGUUAGAAAAUAUAACGGUAUGAGUCUAGUUGAUAUUCGGGAAUUCUACGUCGACAAAGGUUCAGGAGAAAAGAAACCAGGUAAAAAGGGGAUAUCUUUAACGAGAGAUGUGUGGAAUUUAUUACUUAGUAAGAAAGAUUUGAUUCAACUGGCACUUGAUGAUCUUGAUGGUACCAAAACUGCUGCUGCUGUUCCCGGUACUACUUCUGUUCCUGCUCCUAAGAAUACACCAGCGCCUAAAGAUAAUGAUGAUAGUGAUUUCAAUGAAGACGAUUUUGAAGAUGUUCUUAAUAAGGAAUUGCUACUGCAAGAAGCUGAAAGCAUAAAGUCUGUGUCCCGUCCAACUGUGGGAUCUAAAAGAGUAAGACUAAACAAUAAUACUGUUGCUCAUUCUACGACUACUGAGCAUGAAACAGAUGUUAGCGAUGCUGACGAAUAA